AGACCAAGUAACUAUCUGCUGUGCUAGUACCUCCAAAAAUGUUCUCCAGAGCGGCUUUCUCGUCGGCAUUCCGACCGCUUUCGCGGCCACAGACGCUGCCACUACGACCCUAUGGUUUUCAGUUACCGUCUAACCUUUACGCCCGACUACUCUCUUCUGAGACGAAAUCGGCAAUUGAUAAAGCCAUUGCAUCUGCCCCGGUUGUCCUUUUCAUGAAAGGUACCCCCGAGACUCCUCAAUGUGGCUUCUCGCGAGCAAGUAUCCAGAUCUUGGGCUUGCAAGGGGUUGAUCCUAAGAAGUUUGUCGCAUUCAAUGUGCUGGAGGAUGCUGAAUUGCGUCAGGGUAUCAAAGAAUACUCCGACUGGCCAACCAUCCCACAGUUAUAUUUGGAUAAGGAGUUUGUUGGUGGCUGUGAUAUUCUAAUGUCGAUGCAUCAAAACGGGGAGCUCGCAAAAUUGCUUGAAGAAAAGAAUGUCCUGGUGGCGGCUGGCUAACUCGAAGCAUAGAUGCCAGGUUUUAAAAAAAGACUGUGUAGUAUAUUUGUCUAUAUAAGCAGUACUACCGGGUAGCUUGUGAGGAUCAACUGUUAUAUCAGCUGUAUCAUUUUAUCUGCGUCGAAUCUAGUUAGAGCUGAGAGUAUACUGUCUGGCUAGGUGUGGGUAUUAUAAGUUAAUCCUCUUCCCUUCCAGGUUCAGUCUCUAUUAUGUGAACCCAGGCAUACAAAUCAAUGAA